GCGCCAAAGCAUCAUAAUACAGUAAAGCAGCGAGUUAUUGUGUUUCCACGCAUGUUCCGUGCUGCUUUUCAAAAUGGAGUCAGUAAAUUCAGGUCUACACCAGCAGAUACCCACUCCCUACAGACAACUACAGCCACAAGCCGAACAAGCUCUUCAGCAUGGGCAACCUCAUCUCAGUCACCACACUCUCGCAUCCCAGCAGGGUCUCGAUCUGUCGGGUUUGGUUCAAGAUGAUAACAAUUCCGUCUAUCCUGACUUGAGAAGCUUGCAGGAUCCAAAUACGGGACAUUCUGUGGUUCACCAAUAUCCUUCUCCCAUUCCUUUUGAUCGAAAUAAUGCUCACCAACAGAUGCAUGUUCAAAAUACCGGUAGUCCGCAUACCCCACAACAGCAGCAUCCUGGACAAGGUCAAUUCGGAAUCUUGACUGCAGGCCCUCCUCUUCAUCAUAAUACUAUUGGCAGAUUGCAGCAAACUUUGCAGCAAGAUGAUGAUUUAUUCGGCACGCCAGAUGAAUCAGAUCAAAAAAGUACGGGUCAUCAUUCUCACAAGAUCAUCCCUAAUCCUCCAAAUUUGGAAGCAUGGAGAGAAAAGUUAUUUAAUGUUGAUGAGAUGAUCACUUUGAGUGAAGAAGAGUAUGUUCAUAAUAUCUGGAUCAAAAUUGAGGAUAUGCCAACUAAUUAAUUUCCAGAUAUAACACUUAUUUUCCUCAUGUCGAUAAUGUUUAUUCUCAUCGAUCUACUCAAAAAUAUAAGCGCAAGCCUUUUGUUUCUCAUUAUUGGGAUUGUCGUCUCAAAGGUCGGCCACCAGGAACUGCCAAAUCUGAUGACCCGAAUAAAAAGAAGCGCAAGCGCACUGCAAGAGAAAGAGAUCUUUGUGAUGUCAAGAUUAAGAUUACAGAGUACUUUCCAGGUGCUAUGUUGCGAGCAGACUUUCAACCAGAUGGAGGACCAUCGGGAGAUCCAUCUCAAGCCAACAACUAUUUUGCUCAAGCUGGAGCUCACCAACAACAAUUUGCUCUUCCUUUAAACGGUAUCAGUAUCCCACCAAAUCAUCCAGGCGCAACAGGCCAACGAUACUAUACAAUUCAACGUGUCAAUGGGAAUGGUGGCAAUGGUAAGGGUGAUGGUGUUGCAGGACCUCAUAAGCAUGAUUUGAAGAGAAGUGAUGAGAUCAAGAAGAAUAGUAUUGUACGAUUUCUUCAAAAGAGAGAAAAAGAGGAUAAGAAGACUCAGGUAAGAGCUACUACCUAUUUCACUAGUACCACUAUGUAGCACUAGGGAAAUGCUGCCACAAGACUUUGGGUUACUGUAGAUCUCUACGUCUCGGUUACCAUUUCCUCUGCCACCCUCCUAGCGGCGUGAUGCAUAACUACAUCAUUCCAAUCCUCAUUGUUGCAUUCAAAACAGUGGAUAUCUUCAAAGCAUGAUUGUGGAGAUUCACCUAAAUAUUCUUCUCAUCCCUACAAAAGCAAUAGUCUGAUAUUUGUUGAACAAAAUGGCUAACACAACCGAUGAACAGAAAACUUACCACAAGAGAGCUAGUGGUUUAGCUCUGAGCACCGUCAAGAAACAUUCUAAGGAGAAUGAAUUGAAGUUAUUUGCCAGUUGCUUUUGGUAAAUCCCCAUACAUGCAAGCUAUGUGACGUCAGUGGGACCCCACAAUCAACUAACAUUUCAUGGCAGUCCUUUUGUUCAGCGAGUAUGGAUUGCUUUAGAAGCCAAGGGUAUUCAGUAUCAAUAUAUUGAAGUUGAUCCAUAUAAGAAGCCUCAAUCUUUGUUAGAGGUCAAUCCUAGAGGGCUGGUUCCCGCUAUUCGUCAUGGAGACUGGGGUUGUGGUGAAAGUACUGUCUUGAUGGAAUAUGUAAGUUUUUCAUUUACUUAGUCUCUGUAUCGGAAUUUGAGAAAAUACUGGUCCUUGAUGAUUAAGUUGGAACAUGCUAAUAUUUCAAAGCUCGAGGAUCUUCAAAUUGGUCCACCUCUCCUUCCGCAGGAUGCUCAAGCUAAAGCUCAUUGUAGACUUUGGAGUGACCAUGUAUGUUGGCCCAACUCUUCCUGCUUAGACCACACCACUAACAAAUAUCUAGAUUGAUCGGAAAAUCGUCCCUGCAUUUUAUCAACUUCUCCAGAACCAAGACUUCAAUAAGCAAGCUGAAUGUACCAGGAAACUUCGUGAUGAAAUCUCUCAAAUCGUUGAUGUUUGCGAUCCUCAAGGUCCAUUCUUCCUCGGAUCAACUCUUUCUUACACUGAUGUACAUUUUGCACCCUGGAUCCUUCGCUGCAGUCGUGUUCUUAAACAUUAUCGAGGUUGGCAAGAUCCUCAGCCAGGCAGCCGAUGGGCAAUUUGGUUCGAUGCGAUCGAGAACAAUGAGUUUGUUAAGGCUACCACUAGCAUGGAUGAAUUGUAUAUUGAUAGUUAUGAGAGAUAUGCGAUGAACCGACCAAAUACUAGUGAAUUAGCUGAUGCGGUUAAUGGUGGUUAUAAUUUACCUUAGGUUGGGAUGAACACGGGUUUGGAUAGAUGAGAGAUUUUAUGAAGGUUGUGCAGAUGGAUGGACCUAUGAAUGGGAGAGACCAAUUAGUUAAUCAUACCCUGCAAUGCGGGGAUUACGACGUGAGUACAGUUACAGAUAAGUACGGGUACCUAUCUAGGUAGUGAUACAUACAAAUACCAGCAAAUUUUAACAUUG